AUGGUAAUGGUAAUCAUUUACCCCAUGAUCAGUCUGCUCUUCCACAUCAUCCAGAUGAACACCACCGGGGCACCGGGGAGGAGUGACGGGAAGAGUGAGGAGAGAGGAGUGACCAGACGAUGGAGGAAGAUUUGGUUUAAUAUAAGCCACAUAAACACCAUCAUCAUCAACACCGCCGCCGUCAUCAUCAACACCGCCGCCGUCAUCAUCGUCAUCAACGCCACCGCCAUCAUCAACACCGCCGCCGCCAUCAUUAACACCGCCGCCGUCAUCAUCAUCAUCAACACCGCCGUCAUUAUCAACACCGCCGCCGUCAUCAUCAUCAUCAUCAUCAUCAUCAUCAACACCGCCACCAUCAUCAACACCGCCAUCAUCAACACCGCCGUCAUCAUCAUCAUCAACACCGCCGUCAUUAUCAACACCGCCGCCGUCAUCAUCAUCAUCAUCAUCAUCAUCAUCAUCAACACCGCCAUCAUCAACACCGCCGUCAUCAUCAUCAUCAACACCGCCGUCAUUAUCAACACCGCCGCCGUCAUCAUCAUCAUCAUCAUCAUCAUCAACACCGCCACCAUCAUCAACACCGCCAUCAUCAACACCGCCGUCAUCAUCAUCAACACCGCCGCCAUCAUCAUCAUCAUCAACACCGCCGCCGCCAUCAACACCGUCGUCAUCGUCAUCAUCAACACCGUCGCCAUCAUCAACACCGCCGUCGUCAUCAUCAUCAACACCGCCGCCAUCAUCAACACCGCCGCCACCAUCAUCAACACCGCUGCCAUCAUCAUCAACACCGCUGCCAUCAUCAUCAUCAACACCGCCGCCGUCAUCAUCAUCAUCAACACCGCCGUCAUCAUCAACACCGCCAUCGUCAUCAUCAUCAUCAUCAACACCGUCGCCAUCAUCAACACCGCCAUCGUCAUCAUCAACACCGCCGCCGUCAUCAUCAUCAUCAUCAUCAUCAACACUGUCGCCAUUAUCAACACCGCCAUCGUCAUCAUCAACACCGCCGCCAUCAUCAACACCGCCGCCAUCAUCAACGCCGCCAUCAUCAUCAACACCGCCGUCAUCAUCAUCAACAUCGCCGCCAUCAUCAACAACACCGUCAACAACACCGCCGUCAUCAUUAACACCAUUAAAUCAAGCAUUUUUGGCCGCAACAAUCACAAAAAACUAAAUCCUGUAUGGACUGGGAUAAUCACCAUCAGCAUUAAAAACAUCAUCAUUAACACCAGCAUCAUAAGAGAGCGAGAGAGAGAGAGAAUAGAGAGAGAGAAUAGAGAGAGAGAGAGAAUAGAGAGAGAGAGAGAGCGAGAGAAUAGAGAGAAAGAGAGAGAGAGAGAGAAUAGAAAGAGGGAUUGUGAGGGAAGGACUGUUCAUAGCUGCUGUAACGUAAGUGACAACAGGAACUAACAUGACAAACAAAGAAACAGACAGACAGACAGACAGACAGACAGACAGACAGACAGAAUCAUGGAGGCACAUUGAGAUGCAGCGCUCCUCAGGUUUUGGCAGCUAUUUUGGGAUCACAGUGUGUGUGUGUGUGUGUGUGUGUGUGUGUGUGUGUGUGUGUAUAUACGUACAGUACAGAAGAGCUGAACUGUUAAUGGCUGUAGAUCACGAUCGCUGCACUUUGGAUAAUAAUAACUGGGACAUUAUCCGGCCGGAGAUCCGGCGUUCUCCCGCGAGUGCAGAUCUCACUAACCCCCUGCUGAGAUAUCAGUUCAGCGUGUAAUACGGUUAUUCCCCACAAACUGCUUCAAAACCUGAGCAACGUGGACUAAAGCCAGGUGCACACUGUGCGGUGGUUAAUGGUCGUUUGCGACUGUUGUUCUUCAGACUGUACGAACCUGAUUCUGCUGUAAGCCGUGUCACACUGCAGGAUCUUAGCGGUCAUUAACGUCAGACUGUACGACAGUCAAGACGUGAACGACAGACGCACACACGAAGACUCGUACGGAGUAGGAGGAGCCACACGGCAGGACUGUGCCUCAAAUCUUCACCACCAGAAUUUAAUCUAUGGUAAUAUCCGAUCACAUUAAUCCCCAUCGGCUGUCAAGGAACAUGUCAAACUAGACAUCAAAGACCUCAGAUUUUGGUCUAGGAUUAUACGGAUCUCUUAGGACUCUCAAAAUUUCUUCAGACGACCAAAUCAGACAGUGUGAACCCGGCUUUAGGCAGUUCACUGUGCACACGGAUUCUGGACUUCCUCAGGAACAGACCCCAGAACGUCAGGGUGGGAGAUCACUCAUCAUCUACUCUCACCCUGAACACCGGCAAUCCACAGGGGUGUGUACUCCGCACCCUCCUCUACUCCCUCGUUACCCAUGAUUGCUCACCCAAUCACUUUACUAACACCAUCGUCAAAUCUGCUGAUGAUACCACAUCGUAGGGCUGAUAUCGGACAACAACGAGACAGCCUCCAGCGAGGAGCUUCAGAAUAUGACAGAAUGGUAUUCUUCCAAUAACCUGCACGUAAACAUUACAAACACCAAGGAAAUUUAGGACUUUAGGAUGGCGUCCUACAUGGGGAGGAGGUGGAGAGGGUAGAGAGCUUUAAGUUUCUCGGUGUGAACAUCUCGGCUGACCUCACCUUGACCACACACAUCUCUCAUCAGGUGAGGAAGGCCCGACAGAGGCUUUACUUCCUGAGGAAGUUAAAACUUGGUCACCUGCGUCAUAACCUGCUGACCAACUUCUACAGAGGACCGCCUGUCCUCCCACAUCACCUAUCCUCCCACAUCACCUGCCCUCCCACAUCGCCUGUCCUCCCACAUCGCCUGUCCUCCCACAUCACCUAUCCUCCCACAUCGCCUGCCCUCCCACAUCGCCUGCCCUCCCACAUCGCCUGCCCUCCCACAUCGCCUGUCCUCCCACAUCACCUGCCCUCCCACAUCACCUGCCCUCCCACAUCACCUGCCCUCCCACAUCACCUGCCAUCAUUAACACAGAUACAGAUUAUUCAGGACCAAAACAACAGAUUAAACAACAGUUUCUUCCCACAGGCAAUCAAAUGCAUAAAUCCCCCCCCCCCCCGCCCCCUUCUCCCUCUGUGCAAUAACGGUAUAGAUUUUCUCAUUUGUAAGUCGUUUUGGAUAAAAGCGUCUGCUAAGUGAAUAAAUGUAAAUUUAUUUCUUUAUCUCUUUAUCCAUCUAUAAACAUAUAGAUAAAGAGAUAAAUAAAUAACUAAGUAAAUAAAUAAAAUGUGUGCGAAUGAGGUCAUGAACUGAAACUAAAGCUGCAGGUUUUCUGUUAGAAUCUGUAACGUCUGAUAAAUAUCAAUAAAAAGACGAAGGAUGUGGCACUUAAAAGGUUUUACCAGGAAGUCCUGAUUGGA